ACGAUCAAACCAUGAAGGCGCUGCCACCAGAGACGGUGCGACUGCUCUCCAGCUCCCAGGUGAUCGUUUCUGUCCUGAACGUGGUGAAGGAGCUGAUCGAGAACUCGCUCGAUGCCGGUGCUACGAGUCUUGAAGUGAAGCUGGAGAAUUAUGGAUUGGAUCGUAUCGAGGUGCGAGACAACGGCUCUGGAAUCAAAGCCGCCGAUGCCUCCGUGAUGGCGGUGAGACACUACACCUCAAAGAUUUCCAGCCAUGAGGAUCUGGAGCGCCUCGAAACGUAUGGAUUCAGAGGAGAAGCGCUCGGAUCUAUAUGUUCCAUUUCUGAGGUCAUAAUUACGACCAAAACGGCCGAGGACGACCUCAGCACUCAGUACACGCUGGACGUCAGUGGACACGUCGUCUCACAGAAGCCGUCCCAUCUCGGUCAAGGUACCACUGUGUGUGCGCUGAAACUGUUUAAGAACCUGCCGGUCAGGAGACAGUUCUACUCCAACGCCAAGAAGUGUAAAGAAGAGCUGAAGAAGGUGCAGGAUCUGCUGAUGGCUUAUGCCAUUAUCAAACCUGAGCUGAGGGUCGUGCUGACACACAAUAGGGUUGUGGUGUGGCAGAAAGCCAGGGUGUCGGAUCACGGCGCAGCGCUCAUGGCCGUGCUCGGAUCCUCCAUCGGCACCAACCUCCUGCCCGUCCAACAUCGCCACGAGCAGGCAGAGAUUUCUAUCGAUGGCUAUUUCCCGAAGCCGGACUCUGACCUUAAUACAACGAGCUCCAGCACCUCGGAGAAGACGUUCAUUUUUGUGAACAAUCGUCCAGUACAGCACAAAGAUGCACUCAAGCUCGUUAGGCAGUACUACGCUAACGCCGCUCGUGGGAAUAACGAAUCUGCCAGCCGGCGUUACCCAAUCUUAAUGAUGAACAUCGGCGUCCCCGCCUCCAGCAUCGACGUCAACCUGACGCCGGACAAAAUGCAAGUCAUGUUCCAGAACAAGGAUGCGGUGCUUUUAGCGGUGGAGUCUGUACUGAUCUCGAUGUACGGCUCUUACUCGGUCGGAAACGACAGCGGCGAAGCAGGGCGGCCUCGUUCUGCGGUUGCUGAUGAAAAGUCGCCUACGGUUCCUAACGCUAACCAUACGGUUCCUACGGCUCCUAACGCUGAAGAAGGUGCAGCAUCUGAGAUGCUAGAAGGUUCCAUCGUGGACGUGAAGGAACAGGACGGUGAGACGUCCCUGCCCGGUACGGCUAACACGAGCUCGUCGUCCUCGUCAGACGACUGGAUCGUCAACAGGAGCUUCGGCGACUCGGACGCCGCUCAGGUUUCAUUAUCCGCCGAUAACGGCGGGUUGAAUUCGACCGGCGGUAUCGAGGGUAGCUCAGAGGACCAGACGGGUGAGAUCUCGGCGACAAGCUGGACCACGGGCAAGGCUUUCUCAGAUCCCGUCUCUGGAGAGCUCCUGGAACCCGUGACCCUCCAUCUGCCACGAGCGCAGGAGACCGAAGACGACGGCGCGUUCAAAAGGCCGGCCAACGUGAUCGUGGAGAAGAUGGCCAAACCGACCGCCUACGACCUGAUCAGCGAGCGUUCGGUGCGCCGGCCGCUGUCGGCCUUCGCCCUGUUCGAGCAGGACUCGAGAGCGUCGGUGCUGCAGCAGAACCCGCGGGCCGGUCCGCAGGAUGUCGCCGCCGCUGUGAAAGAGAAAUGGGAACGCCUCGGGGAGGAAGACAGGGGGAGGUACGAGGAGAGGGCCCAGAAGUGCCUCGAGUCCUACAAUAAGAACAGCAAACGGGCGUCGGCUGGCAGCCCUCCUGAGCGGGUCGACCCUCAGCGUCAGAAAGACGACCCCUCGGCGAACAGACUCCAGGGCCUGAAGCGCAAAGCCCCUCUGUCCAACCAGCAGACCCUGGACGACCACUUUUCCUCUCGGCCGGAGAGCAAGAAGAACCUCGCGAGGGUGUCCAGGCCUGUUCGGUUCAGCAUCGAAUCGCUGAGACGUUCCCUUCACCCGGAGCGUCGCUCCCAAUCGGACACGCCGGGCCUCCGGGCUGUGAACCGAUUACCUUCUCACGGCGCCUGGGUCGUUUCAGGUGGCAGGAAGCUCCUGUUACUGAAUCCGUUCCGUGUGGAGGAAGCCCUGCUGUUUAAGAGGCUUCUGGAGGAUAAUUAUCUUCCGACGGCGAGUCUGCAGCCGCCUGUAGAGCUAACGGACGGUGUUCUCGGCGGCCCAGAGUACAUGGACGUUCUUCUGAGUAUGGAGAAGAGCAGUGUAGCCCCGUGUGGUCAGUUCCAGUUCACCGAUGCCAGGCUGGUGGCUAAUGGAUUUCAGAUCAGACUCACUCCAGGUUCCCCGCCCACGGCGCAGUGUGUUGAACUGACGGCGAUGGCCGACUGCAUGCCGUUCUACGGCGUCACCGACCUGAAGGAGAUUCUAACGGCGGUGAAGAACAGGAACGCCAGAACGGUCCAGCAGUGCAGACCUCUCAAAGUCACAAACUACCUGGAGGGAGAAGCUGUGAGGAUGGCCCGCCAGUUGCCUCUGAGCAUGUCGCGCGAGGACGUCACGAAUAUCCUCUCCCGGAUGAAAGCCGAGAUCGAGGGGACGCGGGAGGUCUGUCUUCACGGGCGGCCGUUUUUUCACAGCCUGCUCGAUGUUCCUGAGACGGAGCAGGAAGCUCUGAAGAUCCUGUCAAACACGACCUGAAGAAGAAUCGCGUCCAUAUUACAUCAAUUUAAAUAUAAUAAACUGUAUUUUUAUUGUUUAUUUUUAUAAAAAGAUUUUCUCAGCAUUA